AUGAUUGGUCAGCCGAACAAGAACAUCGUCAUCGUCACCCUCUCUUUCAUCAUCUUCUCACCUUUACAUCUUUCUCUCCAGCAUUCCCUCUCAUCGUCAGAGCCAAAAUUGGACGCCGAAAACAGCGCGACAGAAGACGGUGACGUCGCAGAGGCAAAUUAUUUUGAAUCAAACAGCAAGAUGAGGUCAGGGAUGAAGAAACGAUCUCUAGAAAAGCCAGCACUCUGGGAGUUUCUCCUCUUUCCAAUCCCCGCUAUGAUCAGCAAGUACCUUUGGAACCAUCCGCGGAAAUCGGUCAAUAAUAGCAAACGUAGAGGGAAACUCAGAUUCAUAGGUUAA